AGGGUUAUCAUGCCAGAAACUGAGCUUCAUGUGAUAUUCGACCAACCUAACGAAGUUUUCUUCCCGGGACAACCGAUUUCCGGCCGAGUGGUGCUCUCAACGACGGAGGAAAAAUACAAGGCUCGGGCGGUGAAUAUCAAAAUUUUGGGAUUGGCUCACACUAGUUGGACGGACUACGACAGUGUUCGCAGAGUUGACAAUGACGGCAAUGUGAGGUACGAUUCAGAAUCGGUUCAUUACUCAUCGAAUGUGCACUACCUGGAUCAGGCUCUGCUUCUGUGGGCUUGCAAAGAUGGAUCGAAUGAAUUGUCUGCUGGAGAUUACGUGUGGCCAUUCUCAUAUACUCUUCCUCUCAACGUUCCGCCAAGCUUUGAGGGAAAAUAUGGAUAUUUGAGAUACUCGGUGACAGCUGAAGUGGAUCGGCCAUGGAGAUUGGAUAAGGCGAAGAGACGGUGCAUCACUGUUUCCCCACUGAUCGAUCUCAAUGCCAUUCCCCUCGCACUCACUCCAAUCGACGACGAAGAAAGUGAGAACCUGGGCUGCUGCUUCUUCAGAAAAGGUUACCUCGAACUGCGAGUAAACAUCCCAAAAACUGGAUUCGUACCCGGCGAGACUGUUCCAAUGAACAUCCAUAUUCUAAAUCACUCCUCCGUGCCCGUCACCGAGGUCAAGGCGAAAAUCAUUCAGCAGUGCAAAUUCAUCGCUUAUCGAAACGGGACUAUUUUCCGAUUUGAUGGAGGUUCGGAUACGCUAAUGUCAGGAUCUUCGCAGCAAACAAAGUACGACACUAAGCCCGUUAUCACGCAGACACAGCCGAUGACAGUGACUCCAGGGAAUGAGCACAAGUUUGUGCUGGAAUUCCGUCUGCCAUCUGUAACUCCAACCAUCUGUCGGUUCUCCCCGGUGAUUACUGUAGAAUACGUGGUACAAGUCCGCGUGGAGACCACUUCAACAUGCGGGAGUGCUGCUAAGUGUGAAAUGCCGAUCCUUAUAGGAACUGUACCUAUUCGAAAUUAUCUUCCACCACCAAUUCCAAACAACUACCCAAUUGGCCUGCCACCACCGUAUGCUAAUCUUACUGAUGUGAAUGUGCCCUGUCCGAGCGGAGGUAGUGGUACGGCAGUGAUUCCAAGUGCUCCACCACCAUCCUACCAGGAAUCCAUGUAUGGAGUGGGAGGAACCGAGCUCAGAGCCGAGGAGAACGAAAAACCAUUUGCUCCAAAAUACCCAGUAUUCAAUAAUUUGCCAAUAUAUAACCCAACGGCGCCACCGUCAGAGUAGCAAUUCUUAAUCCAACUAUGUUUGUUUUGUUAUUGGUUAGGGUGCUAUGCAUAAACUUUCUUGACAGGUUGUUUUUUACUUCAGAAGAUU